GCGAGGCAGUGUUAACCAAAACAUUGCGUGAGAGGGAGGAAGCCGUGUUAUUGCAGCUCAUCGCUCGUGUUGCCCUCCUCUCACCGUGAACUAGUGGUGGCGGCGGAAGGGAGGCACAAUGUUACCCAGCAGCGGCUACUUCCGAGGCAUUGCGUGUCCGGGGCAGCUGAAGGGAGCUUGUAAUCGCCCCUACUGCCACUUCCGACACGACAUGAAAGUUUCUCCAGAAAAGAAUGCCUCCCCAUCCCCGUCGUCUUCACAAGCUGCCGUGUCCACACCAGUCCAGGAGGAAGCUGAUGCAGUGGAUGAGGAGAAACUGGAAGAGAUUGAGCACCAGAUCAUGUCCAAAGCGGUGAAUGAGUGCAGCAGUGACUCCCUCACUCCUGCUGUUACCAGCCCCUCCAAACCUGAGGAGCAGCAGUCUCAGCCACACACCAGCCAGCAGCAGCAGGAACCAGCUGCAGCAUCUGAUGAAGUCCCAAAGUCUGAAAUCCUGCAGCAGUUGAUGAGUGAAGCCCUAAAGAAGGUGCUGGCAGAGAACCCUACCUUGGCCUCAACGGUCGAUGCUUCAUCCAUCAGGAUUGGCAUCGAUCCUGUCACUCAAGAGUUAUCAGAGGUUAAUAAAACAAAAAAACAGUUGUAUCAUCGACCUCCAGACACACCAAGUUAUAACCCAACACCAAUAAAGGAGCUGAAGAAAAGAAAACAGUCAGUAGAUGGUGUCCACAACCUUGUGUACAAUCCAACCUGCUCUCGCACCACAGGAGACAAAGGAAGUGGAGAUGAAGGUGAUGUGAUGGGUGAAUUUUCCUCUGAUGAAAGUGAAGAAAUAGAAGAAAAGAAUGAUGACUUUGAUUUGUUGGAGGAGGUCCUUGCUGAACAUUCCAAAAAUAAUAAAGUAAAAGUAAAGAAAAAGAAGGUGAAAGAGCUGGGCAAACUUCAAUAUAGCUUAAGCAAUGCACAUAAAGCAACAGUGGAUAACAACAUUAUGAUCACAGACGCUAAGAAACUCUCAGACAAAGAGGUCAAGAAGUACGAGCUGCCUCAGACUGAGAGUGUGAACAAGAUCAUAACAGACGGCCCUUAUUUCCUGCCCCCGUCACCAAUAUUCACCUCCUCCAGUGACGGCUUUGAGGCUUUCAGUGCUAAGGCCACACUCCAAGAGGAAGAGACCAGUGUGCCAGAGGAGUGUGUGGAUGCAACAUCUCCUCACACGGAAUCAGUGAAAACAAAUAGUCAGCCAGCAACUGAAAAAAAGACAACUUCAAAACAAACUGUAGAACAACCAAAGUCAAGUUCCCAGCCGGAGAAUGCAGAAAAAGUGACCAAGGCAUCAGGACAUGCCCACCUCCCACAACUGUUAUUGGCAAGAGGUGCUCCAAAACUUUCCAGGCCUAAUAUACGCACUUGGACACCAUUGGUAAGAAAUAACUUGCUAUCCUCUGAGACACAGAAGACUGGUGACCAGCUGGAUGAGAUACUGCAGCUGAUGGAUGGUAGUGACCCUUCAAGCAAAAGGAAGUUGAAGGAAAAUGAACAUCAAACAUCAAACAAAAAAGAUUCAGAGAACUUAAGGCCAAAGAAAAAAUACAAAGUAGAUUUAAACAAGGAAAUUGAGAGCUUAUCAAACCCAGCAUUAGAACACAGUAAGGAGAGUGUGACACCUGAAGAACCUGCCAUCCAACAACCAGAACCAAGUGACAACCAGGACAGUGACAGAAAGAGUACAAAGGAGAGUAUUGUGUCAGAUGAAAAGGAGGCCGCCAAGAGAGACUCCCCUAAAGAGUCGGAAGAAAAGGAAGAAACCGAUGGAAGUAAGGCAGCGAGCAUGGAGUCAGAGGACAGUGAAGGUGACACUCUUAGUGAGGAAAGUGGCGAUGACUCAGACUACAGACGAUCAAGGCACAAGAAGAAGAGAAAGCGAAAGAGAAGUCGCUCCAGCUCCUCGGGUUCGGACUACUCGCACCACAGAAGAAAGAAGCGCAAGAGGAGUCACAAGCGUCACCAUAAGAGGAGCAAGAGAUCAAGGCGGCGAAGAAACAGCACGUCGAGCUUGAGUGAUCAGAGUCAAGAGUCUGAGGAGGAGAGAGAAGAGAAGAAAAACGACGAAGAUGAGGAGGAGGAGAAUGAUGACACUGAGGAAGAAGAAGAAAAUGGGGAGGAAGAGAAAGAAAACAAAAGUAAAGAAGAUAGCAAAAGUGAAGAUGAGGAAGAUAGUAAUGAUGACAUUGAACACACCAGGAAAUCAAAAAGACACAGGAAGAAACACAAGUACUACAAGAAACUUAAGCACAGGAAGAGCAAACACAAAGCAAGAAGAAGAAGGAAGAGAAGCAGGAGUUACAGCAGAAGCAGGAGCACAGGCAAGAGCAGGGACUCCAGCAGAAGUAGAAGUAGAAGUGGGAGUCGAAGCAGAAGUUCCAGCAAGCACAGAAAGAAAAGGAACAGAAGCAGACACAAGAGCAGAAACUACAGUGAUAGUGAUUUGUCCAAAGAAAGCAGCAGGAGUAGAAGUUCCAGCAGAAGCAGCAGCAAGCACAAGAGAAGAAGGGAAAGCAGGGAAGAUGACUCCAGUGGAAGUAGACACAGAGAAUCGAGCAAAUCGAGGGAUAAACGAGUGGAUGAGGAAAACAACAAAAAUAGGAAAGAGGAUAGAAGGAAGGAACGAAGCAAUAAUAAACUGGAUCAACAGACGAGUAACGAUAAGAAAGGCAAGAACCACAAUGAUGAUGAAGUGUCAAUACCUAUGCCUGUAGAUCCCUCAAAGAUUAAAGUAGAGAAGAAUGCCUUAGUUCCUGAUUUGUCAAAAGUAAAGAUUGAGAAAGAAGAUCAAGUGCCUGAGAAAAGCAACGGUCAGGUUAAUGUAAGUGCAAAGUCAAAAGAAAGCUGCUGUAAGGGACAGAGUGAGUCAGAUCAAAGUAAAGUGGCAGAAAAGAUCCCAGAGCAGAGAAGACCGAGCAGCGAAGACAAGGGCAGAAGGAGAAAGAGUCACGAGAGGAAGGACAGUACCGAGAGCACUUCCGACAAGACACCUCACAGACGGCAGAGCUGCGACUCCAAGGCCAGCGACAACGAAGGCUCCCUGCAGAGAAAGAAAACAGAAGAGAGAAGGUCAAGCACUGAGAAAAUUAAAAGGUCUCAAUCCAUCAAUUCCCAGCCAUCAGAAAUGUCCAUGUUUGACCUUGUGUUGGCAUCAGCCCAGACCUCCAAGCCAGCAAAGACAUUGACGGAGAUAUCCAUGUUUGACAGCGUGGCCAAGGCAAGUACAAAUCAUUCACUGGAACCAUCUGGAACCAAAAACAAAAGCAAGGAUGCCUCUCACAAAGGUAGUGGAGAGAGUGCCAUCACCUCUGAGCACAAGUCAAGUUCCAGUGACAAAAGCAGUAAAACCUCAAGACCAGACAAGACAGCUCACACAGACUCCCAUCACAGGCACACCAAGAGUGACAGCAAGCCUUCACAUUCCACAUCCAAGAGUAAGAGUAGCAGCAGCAGCAGCAGCACUCACCACAGCAGCAGUAGCAGCAGUCACCACAGCAGCUCUAGCCAUAAGAGAACAAGUAGCACCAGUAGUAGAAGUAGCACCAGCAAACUUCACAGCACAUCCAUUACUACCACCACUGCCACUCCUACCACUACUACCCCUUCUUCCUCUUCCUCCAAGACCUCAGAUGGCAGCAGUAGCAGUAAGAGUAGGAAACCAAGUGAUACCACCAAUAGCAGGAGUGAAAAGGAUAGCAGCAGGCACUCAAGCAGAAGACACAGCAGCAGCAGCAGCAGCAGCAAACAGCAUGACAGCAGCAGGAAGAGCAGCAGUAGCAGCAGACCCAAGGACAGCAAAGAAACCACUACUGCUAAAAAUAAUGUGGGAAGUGAAAUAACAAAGAAAAAGAGAGUUUCUGCUGACGAGGAAUCCCGGGGAGGUGUUUCAGAUAACGAUGGGCCAUCCAGCGGAGUUGACUCACCGCUACCGGAUCUCUCCAUGCUUGACGAGAUCUCACAGGACGACUGGGAGCAGAUGAUCAGUGGCAUGGACGGAGCCAACCAGGAGCCCAACGAGGACACGGACGGUGAUGACGUGGACACUGACAAUCCUUUUGUCCUGGAGGAGUGCAUGAAGAUGUUCAAUGAGUUCCAGCCUGAAGAAAACCACCUUGAGACCCAGGUGGUCCCAAAGAAGAUUAAGGCGGCUGGGGAGGACAAGGAGCCGCCCAAGUCAUCCAGCAAGCAGAGGGUGGCUCGCUCCUCAACAGGCAACCUUAUGGCCAAGAAGACCUCCAGGCCCCGCCAGCAGAAGGUCAGCCCCAUGCAGAUGAUGGUGGAGAGAUUUCAAAAAAUGAAGGAACAGCUAAAAAGAAAGGAGGAGGAACUAUAUCACCUUCAAGGAGGCCCAUCAUCUGUCACCUCGAGUUCCUCCAGCAAGACCAGCAUAGCACCUUCCUCCUCCUCCUCCUCCUCCUCCUCUCACCACAGUCAAUCCCAAAGCUCAGGGAAGAACAAGAAACGCAUCGCCCACGUGCCCAACGUCAACUCCCUCCUCAGUGAACAGGAGAAAAUCAAGAGACAUGGUCAUUCUAGCAUCAGCAGUCGCAUCUCUGCCAAAGUAGCCAAAGCCUCAGGGGUCGUCCCUGAGACCACCGCCCACACCGUGGCCAAGGGCGGCAAGAGGAUCGCUCACACACCCAGGAUAGGUGCUUUAGCAAAACCAAUCAUCCAACCAGAGCUCGGCAGUCUUGUUCCACAAAAUAUCCGGCAGCGAUACUUGAAUGCGUUGAUUGAAGAGUGUAAGAAGUUCACCUCAGAGAAGGAAUCUUUCAAUAUAGCAGCAGCAGAAGAGCGUGUGUGCUACAAGCGCGCCCCAUCCCGCAUGGUGUACCUCAACUUGGUGGUGAAUGCCGUCAAGAGGCUUCGCACACAGCAGCAGGCCGGGGAGGAAGCCCAGGAACUGCUGGAGAAUGACCCGCAAUUGGCUGAGAAGAUGUGCAUUGAGGAGACUUCGCCUUCAACAAUCAAACCAUCACCACCUGCAUCGUCGCCGUCUUCCAAACGUCAGCACCCCAUCAACCCCAACCACGUGCACCUGUCCCACACCUCUGUACUCUCGUCAGGUGGCAUCAAGGGUUCAUGGAGCAUUGAGAAGCCAAAGAAAUCCUCAGCCUCUCAGGAAGAUAUUAAAGGAAUUGCCUUCUACAAGAACCUGACCAAGUACAUUAUGAGUGAGGAGCAGCUGGACGAGAAUGGAUACCCUUGUCCUGAUCCAGAGGAAAAGGGAAAAGCAAUUGUAAAAAGGAUUGACUCGCGUAAAAAAAUCAGUCCGAGUGCCUUAGAACGCUUCUGUGAUCGCUGCUCUGUGCUCUAUACGGUGGACAAGUGGGGCUUCCCAAAGAACAGUGCCCCUUGUGUGUACCACUGGGGCCGGGCAUACAAAAAGAGAAAAUACGGUACCUUUGAGACCUCUUACUCCUGCUGCGGUGGGGAGCAAGGGUCAGGUGGGUGUAGUCAGGCCACCACACAUGUCUCCGAGAACUACAACCCUAAGAACCUCCGUGGGUAUGUGAGGACCAUCAGCAAAGACAGCUCCAGCAGCAACAAGGAGGUGUAUGCUCUGGACUGUGAGAUGUGUUACACCACGGAAGGUAACGAGCUCACCAGGAUCACUGUCAUUAAUAGCAACGGUGAUGUGGUGUACGAACAGCUAGUGAAGCCAGAAAACCCCAUUCUGGACUACAACACAAGGUUUUCAGGGAUAACUGAAAAUGACAUGGAAGAUGUGAAGAUCACCAUUAGAGACGUUCAGGCAGCUUUGUUGGCCCGAUUCUCUGAUAAGACCAUCCUUAUUGGACACAGCCUGGAGUCUGAUCUCCAUGCUCUCAAGAUAAUUCACACCACAGUAGUGGACACCAGUGUGGUAUUCCCGCACAAGAUGGGACCCCCAUACAAACGUGCCCUCAAAAACCUGGCCGCUGAAUACCUUAAGAGGAUAAUUCAAGAUGAUGUUUCAGGUCAUGACAGUGCAGAGGAUGCUAUAGCUUGCCUUCACUUGAUGCAGUGGAAAGUCAAGGAUGACCUGAAAGGAUUCUCAAAGUAGUAUGGUAAUUUCAUGAUGUACUUUUCUAGUAAUGGGGCCACAAAACAGCAAAGUAAAGUCCAUCAUGCCAUGUGAUUACUCUCUGCUCUUGUGGUGAGAGAUUGUACAUAGUCUUAACAUUAUGUAAAAAGUCUCCCCGAGUACCUGUCAUCACACCUCCGUCGUCAGCAGAUACAGGCAAUGGAUUUGUACAUAGUAAGUAUAUGUAAUAGGUAGUAAUAAGGUUGUUUUUGCCAUUGGUAGUCAUCUUGUCCAAGUUUAAAAGUUUAUUUUUGUUUCAGUGAAUCAUAUGAGUGUCUGUUUUAUGAAUGUUCAGCUCAAAGGUUAUAUUUGUAUGUUACUUGAAUUUUGUUUGAUUCAAGUUAUAAGCUAUGGAUUGCAAUGAUAUUUAGGGAUAGACUUUCAUUUUGGAGAACUUCAGCAGUCAUGAGCAGUUUGGUGUUCUGGAAGUAUGACUAGUGAGUGGAAUACAGUGGUUGGAGGUAACAGGAUGAAGCAAAAGUGCUUUAUUUAUCUCAUGUUUUAGCUCUUGCUUCCUUCAAGGCAGUUGAAGGUAGAACCUGGAAGUAUUUCUACUUUAUCCCAAGUUCCCUCACCAGCUCAUUCCACUCAGUAUGGUGUGGUCAUAGUCUUGUUAUCAAAUACAUUGUUACAGAGAAAUAUUUGUUAACUGGAUAACUGAAGCACAAAUAAGUAAGGGCAUUCUUGGUAGUGGCUUUAUAUAUUUAUUGGUAUAGAAAUUGGUGGUACAAAUGGACUUAAUUGUGUUAUAUGUUGAUUAUUGUGGUCCCUUGAAGAGACAUGACUGAUUAUCCUUCUAGUCAGGCACUAUUUUUAAGCAAUAAUAGAUUAUGGUUCAUCUCAUGAAUAGAAACCUUAUUUUGAUCAGGAAAUUCUCAUUUACGAUAUAAUUAUUUUAAUCAGUAUGUGCACACCAUCAGUUCAUACAUUUCAUAUGACAUUACUCACUUCCUUGUGAUAGUUUUUUAUUAUUAUUAUUAUUAUAUUUGUCAUUGUUAUUAAUGAUGCAGCAUCUCAGGCAGUACUUCAUUGUAUGUUUCCUCCGUGUGGAAUUAUUGGAAGAGAAUUUUCAUCUCCAUCACACACUAUGGUGUUUGUCUCAACACAUGGUUAAUUAAGGACUUGCUUUAUGAGGUAUGUAAGUUUUGGAAAAAAGUUUCAUAACUGUAUCAGUUACAUAAGAGCAAACCCUUUCUGUGUGUGUGUGUGUGCAUUUGUGUUUGUGUAAAGGUUUGCAUGCAUACUUACCUCUGCCAGAUAGGGCUAGGAAUAUUUGGAGGCAUAGCAAAGCCAUUUCUCUCGACUCAGUGGUCAUGAUAAUGAAAUUGUUUUGGAACAAAUGCUAAACAACUGUAAUUUCACGACACCAUAUAUUUCUUAUCACUGUACAUAUGAUACAUAAAGUAAGAAUUACCCAAAUUUUUCUGUAUUCUUAUUUUGAUAAUCACAGUAAAUUAUUAGACUAAAAUAUCUUGUCAUGAAAUCAUACUUGUAUGUAAUAAUAGUUUGUCAGGGAAUACAUGCAUUCAAAAUAUGAUUCUCCCAAUGCUUGGCAACUGUUUAGUGAUUUAUUACUGGAUUACAGAUUGCACACACAUACAUACAUACAUACAUAAUUUGGGUAUUUCUUAGAUAUAGAUGAUGACUUGAACACCCCUUUCAGGGAGAGCUGGACCUCAAAUAGAGAAAUAGUUAGAAGGACUGCAAAUACUGAGGAUUUAGUCACAACACGAAAGCUUGGAAUGUUUUUGCUACACAGGGAAAAAUAAUAACUAACAAUAACUAUCCCACAUCACAUUCCAAUAAAUAUGCAGCAUUUCUGAUACACACACACACAUACAUAGUUUACCACACUGAUAUCUAAUAAAACAAUGUAAUAGUACAGUAAAAAUUUACAACUUAAGUGUUGAAGUAAUGAUGAUAUCUGACAUCUGCUUUUAUAUUCAAUUGCAGUCAUUUGUGCAGUAAUAUAGUUUGAAAUCUAUGUACUAUUGUCUAGUAUAUUGUUUUCUUAUGUACAGAUUCUAUUUUAUUUUUACACUAACACUUUCUAUUGACUGAGUCUUAGAAAGAAAAGAAUGAGAGAGAGAGAGAGAGAGAGAGAGAGAGAGAGAGAGAGAGAGAGAGAGAGAGAGAGAGAGAGAGAGAGAGAGAGAGAGA